GUCAUAAACUCUAGACCCAAACAAACCUUGGUAGGUAGCUAGUUAAACUAUGGAUGGCUAGUUUAUUAGGAUGGGUGUAGUAAUUUGAGGGCGACAAUGAUUUCAGUCAGCUAUAUUCUGUUGUGUGGACAAUUCCUGUUGCUACUGACGGUGAUUCUGUUACAAUGUCUGGAAGGAAUUCACUCCCAAAACUCAUCGACAACAGAGACUCCUGCUUCUUCUCCUGGUCAGGGAGCUACCGCCCUCCCGUUCAGCGAGCAGCCGUCGGAUGUUGGCAAAUAUGAAAUACCGGUGGAAAGUACGAAUUAUACAGAGCCCUAUGAGUACAAGCCCCCGUCACCAGUCGUCCUUUGCAGCUACCUACCAGAGGAGUUCAUCUACUGUCAAGACCCUGUGGAUCACGCAGGCAACCACAGCGCCUUCCUGGAGUUGGGCCAUGGUUGUGUUGGGUGGGGUGGCCAGACUCAAAAAGAGGUGAACCACACACCGGUUAUCUGCACUGCACUUGAUGAUAUAGAGUGUGCCGGACCCAGAGAAUUCCUCAGAGGAAACGUACCAUGCAUAAAAUACACCGGACACUAUUUCAUCACCACACUGCUGUACUCCUUCUUCCUGGGUUGUUUUGGGGUGGAUCGUUUCUGCCUGGGCCACACCGGCACUGCUGUCGGGAAGCUGCUCACCCUGGGAGGCCUGGGAAUCUGGUGGUUCGUGGAUUUGAUCCUGCUCAUCACUGGAGGCCUGAUGCCCAGCGAUUACAGCAACUGGUGCACCUACUACUGAGACAGACAGCGGAGCGUGACCGAGGACUCUGGCCAACUCUUAGUCAGAUAUUAUCAGUUAAAUAUUGAAAACUCCAGGGCACUGGCCUCUGCCUGCCAUGGUUAUGAAUCUGUGGGCUGGCUUGUUGUAAGGGGAUUUAUAGCUCAGCCGUGCAAAGUGGAGUCCAGGGGCCCCCUGAGGUUCCCAGGGCUCCCGAGAAAAAUGUGGAAUAAGUAGAUUUAAUUCUAAUUUAAUUCACUUGAAAAUUCCCACAUUGAGAAUGCAUAAGAAUGACUAUACUCAGCUUUCGCCAGAGCAACAGUGAUGACUGCUACCUUUAAUACUAAAUUGUCAACUUGGGUCACCUGUAGUUCAGUUUAUAUGGUCUGGAAAGAAAUGAGUCAUGUUGCCUUUUAGUUCUGGUCUGCUUCAUGUUGACACUGACUUGACUGAUACACGGAGAGGGACACAAGCACAACACAUCUUUCGAAGAACUGAUGUAUUGGAGAAAAUCAGCGCACUCAUAAGGUGGCAGGAACACGUGUUAUCACGGUUACCAAAUGACUUGCAUAAAUAAAUACAUUGCUUAUAAGAUUGUUUUCUUGACAGUUUACUGCUGAAUAAAUAGUAGUUUCGCUCUUCAAUUCCUGCAAAAAUCGGUUAUUUCUUUACAAGCUCGUGAUGACACCAGAGAACAUAAAUAAGCGCGUAAGGCUCAGAAAGUGCAGCAUGACUUGCUGUUAUUUUGUGAAAUUUGAUUUCACCAUGUAAGUCCACACAGCAAUAAUGACACAGUAUGACAUCACUGAAAAUGUCCAAUCAUUGAGUUACCUGUCUAUCCAUAUGACUUCAUUUGAACAGCUCCAUAUAUAUAUUUAUAAAGCCAGUGUGAACACGAACCAAACCAGAACUGAAUGGCAACAAUUUACGUUUUAUUCCCUUUGUUUGGACCAAAUGAGCUGAACUACAGGUGUAAAAGUGACCUGAAAUCCUACAAAAUGUAAUUAGUUCUCAUGUCCUGAAAAUGAUGGGAAUCCACGUGUUCUGUAGCUACAGUCCCACUCUUAAUUUCAGAUGUAGACAUGCUGAUACAGCCAGGCUAGAUAGUCACUGUGACAUACAUAAUUUUGCAUACUGACCAUGAAUCCUCCAUUCCAGUUAAACUCUGAGCAAUGAUCUUAGAAAUAUUCUGUGAUUUCUUGAGGGCAACAUCCUACACAAUUAUUAUCAUAGCUUUCCUUCUUCAUGACCAAACAGCCCAGCUUUGACCCUUCGCUGUCCUCUUCUACUGGAGGCGUUCUGACUUCUGUAUUUUCUCUGCUGCUUCAGUGUGUUCAAGCUGUACUUAGACUGAUUAACAUUACAGCCUGAAGCCAGCAAGAACACAAGACAUGGACAUAAGUCACGUUGACAAGAUGCGACUCUAAGACUGUUUUGAGACAGCUAAAGCAGUACAUUUCCUUUACCUUGACAUAUUGCAUCUGUGCUGGGUGGGAGCAUAUCCCUCCUUUGCAUUCAUGUGUAGAGCCUGACCCUGUUUAAAUGUCUCAAACUUAACAAAUUUUGAUCUUCAUUGACUUUCUCCAGCGAGGCCCAGGUCUCACAUUAAAAAUUUAAAAUCUUCAUCUUCCACUUUGUAGAAUUUCUCAUCUUUACCUGAACUGAAGGUUUAUGUGCUCUUUCGUAGAUACAGCCGGUUUCAUUACCUAAGGAUCCAUAAAACCCUUCUAGGUCAUAAAAAGUUGAAGAAGACAUGUCAGUGUGUCGACUUGUCUCCUCCUGCAGCAGCAGCAAUGUAGAAGGCAAUAUAUUUUCAGCUGGCUAAACACCUUUAAAGUGGAAAGAAUUAAGACUCUGCUUUACAUAUUGCAGUUUUCCACUUAAUUCACAAAAAUGGCAGUUUAUAUACUGUCUUACACACCUGCAAAAAGAAAUGAGAGUUGUUAUUUUAUAAGAUCUUUCCUUUAAUCCAAAUGUAAUUCUUUGCUCUAUUUCAUUUUCUAAUCCAAAUCCAGCUCUGCAGAUCUGCCCUAUAUUACUAUAAAAACAUGCUGAAACAUCCAAUAUUCAUGCCUCUGUAAAACUGUAAUGUUCUGGAGUCUUGGGGGCCUUUGUAAGAUACUGUAAAUAAUACUGAUCUGCCCAACAGAAGCUUCACUUGGGAAGCGUUGCCGUACUAUUUAUUUAUUUACUUUACGCAUUGCAUGUGUUGAGUCAGAAAAGACGUAUUCCUGGAAACGUCCUUGAGUCUUAUAUUGAUUUGGCAAUGUUUGUUUUUCAAAUGAUCUCAAUGUGUAUGUUUCUCCUGAACGUAUAAAGGAAAACGUGCCAUUUGAAAUGAAAUUGAGAGAUAGUGGCAGUUAAUGAUUUUUUUCCCUGUGCUCUUCAAAUUUUUUAUUAAAGCUACAUGUGCUCCUGGAAACUCCACUUUCCUCUAUUGUGAUGGUGAGAAGGAAUCCAAAGUGUCUCAUGCUGUAUUUGUCCACAGUUGUGACUCAAUAAAAAGUAUCUGGUA